CAUGGCAUCUUCCUCCAACAAUAACAUUGAAUCAUUGCCGAAUGAUUGUGUCUCUGCAAUACUGUCACGUACAUCACCUCAAGAGGCAUGUCGAGUUUCACUAGUCUCCACUACCCUUCGUUCUAUCGCGGACUCUGACUUGGUUUGGAAGAGCUUCUUGCCCUCUGAUUAUGAGGACAUUGUCUCAAGAGCCGUUAAUCCCUUCACCCUUAAAUUCUCCUCAUACAAGCAACUCUUCUAUGCACUUUGUCGUCCCCUUCUCCUCGACGGAGGCAACAAGAGCUUCAAAUUGGACAAGUCUUCGGGUAAAAAAUCUUAUAUCAUAUCCUCAAGGGAACUUUCAGUAGCAUGGAGUAGUGACCCAUUGAUCUGGAGCUGGAGACCAAUUGCUGAAUCAAGAUUUGCAGAGGCAACUGAGCUGAGAACAGUGAGCUGGUUAGAAAUUGAAGGGAGAAUAAGGACGCGGAUUCUAACGCCUAAGACGUCGUAUGCGGCUUAUCUGAUAAUGAAUGUCUCUCAUCGAGCUUAUGGGUUAGAUUCUUCCCCGUCUGAGGUAUCGGUUGCGGUGGGAAACAAAGUGCAUAAAGGGAGGGCAUACGUGGGGCAUAAAGAUGAGAAGAAGCGUAAGAUGGAGACGCUGUUUUAUGGGAACCGAACAGAGAUAUUGAGAAACACAGUGAUCCAAAAUAAAGGGGUUCAAGUUGCAUCCAAAAGAGAUGAUGGGUGGAUGGAGAUUGAGCUUGGGGAGUUCUUCAGUGGAGAGGGUGAUGAAGAGAUCAAGAUGAGUCUAAGGGAAGUGGGUUACCAAUUGAAGGGUGGCCUUGUCCUCGAAGGCAUCGAAGUCAGGCCAAAAACACCUUGCCACGGGGAAAUUGGAAAAUGUUGAACACUUGAUACUCUGUUG